UUCCUCUCCUCCAUCAAUCCAACCAGCUUCUCCUUUCAGCCCCUUGCUAAAAAAUAAGCCAAUAACAGCACUUGGGGGGUAUUCACCGGAGAUUUCACCAAGAUGUUGGCCGCAAACUCAUCGCCGGUAUUCACUGUUGCGAUGCAGCACGUGGUAAUUAGUGACGACUCCGCUGGCAGCUGCCGGAGGAUGAAGAACAACACUACUCAGGUUACAGUUCCGGCUCGCCGGCCUCAAGGACUUGAUCUCCAUCACCAUGCAAGAUCCAAUACCUCGUCAAACAGGGACGUGGUUGUUUACAGCAACGUUGAUUCAGGAGGCCCUGUUUCUUCUCCCACUCCAGGUUCAUCCGGCGGUUCCGAUUGGAGAGGGUGGCUAAUAGGGGUGAUAAUGAGCUUCCUCCUGCCCUUCUGGCGGAACCAAUUGUGGUCCCUCAAAAAGAUACAAGCCAGUGUGGAAUCUGUGGUGGAGACGAUAGAAGAGGUGGUGGAGGCGGUGGAGGAGGUGGCGGAGAAAGUGGAGGAAGUGGCGGAGCAGAUCGAAGAGAAUCUGCCGGAAGGGGAGCUCAAGGAGUUGCUGGAAGACGUGGAGCAGGCAGCCGAUAAAGCUGCCAAGGCCGCCGAUGUUGCCCAACAAGUCCUCACUAAGGUACAAGCAAUGGAGGAUCAAGUGGAAUCUUACAUCGAUAAGGCACCUGCGAAUAAAAACCAGAAGACUAAGGUUAAUUAAGCUGUAGUAUACACAUUAUCUACACAGUGACUACAUAAAUAAAGAUAUAUGUAUUUGUUGGCCAAUGGUCAAAAUGGUACGCGGGUGAAACGUUUUCCUAUGAGGUGGGUAUCGGUUAUAAGCUUAGCACAAUAAUAAUGAUGAGUUACA